AUGAUUUUUCUGAUUCCUACUCACUCACUUUCCCUCUUCCUUAAUGUCGUGCCUGCUGUUGCCCUUCUCCUGAUGCAGCUUGAGGGAGGGGGCAAACACGUUAUUGGGUUGCAAGCCCCCUCUCGUAGUGUUGUCUCCUUCUAUCGGUCUCUCUCCCUGUCUGUCGUUAGCGUAGUGAUGGAACAGUGUGUUGCCCUUGUAGAUUACGAGGCAAGUGAUCCUGACGAGAUUAGUUUCCGGCGUGGCGACGUCAUUGCGGUGACGGCCAAGGGAAGCAUCUCUGGCUUUUGGGAGGGGUUUGUGGUUGCGCCGGGCCGUGGGCAGGGGACGGCGAAGGAGUCCCGCGGCCUUUUCCCCAACUGCUUUGUCACGUCUAACCUGUGUCCGCGGGAGAUGCCCACCUUCUGCGACAGGGCUCUCUGUCUGUACGACUACACGGCGAGGGAUGCGUCCGAGAUGGAAUUACGAGAGGGAGAUCUUCUCCGACUGGUUCGCCCCAGCGCGUCGCUCGGGUGGUGGUUUGGCGUCAAGGAAAGCGAGGCGGAGCGCACAGGGAGCGAAGUUGCCUCCGCGGGUAGAAUCCCGGUGGAACCGCGCCUGUUGCCGAGCAACUUUGUGACGUGCGACAUUGUUCGCGCCUCCCAUUCCUUUGAGGCGCGGCAGAAGCACGAGUUGUGGUUUGAGGUCGGCGACGUUAUUCAGGUGCAUCGCAGGUGGAAUGAUGGGUGGUGGGAGGGGACGCUGCGGGGUCGUCGAGGUGUAUUCCCGAGCAACUACACCGUUCCCAACGUGGCCACCACCACCCCUCCCUUCUUUUGCAACACCUGCAAGACCGUGCUCGUCGAUGAGCCACCGCGCUGUGUGACGUGCGCUAACAGGGAGGAUGUGACUCGCUGCAUGCUUGCGGCCCUGGACGACUACGCCUUGGGAAAGUUGAGUGGGCUAGAUCUCUUUGCGUACGUGGACGUUGGGGUAGAAGGAGUUUGUGGAAAAGGAGUGGACACUGCCGAUGCGUGA